ACAUACAUACAGCACAUUAAAGACUAAAUUGUGUACUUCUUUUCUCCAAAUUAUAUUCUGUGAAGAAUCCAAACAAAAUACUCAUGCACAUUUUUUCAAGUAAUCUAAUUACAAUCCCACAUCUAACCAAACAUGUGCCAACCAUGCAUCUAAUACAUAUACAGAUGAAAAAUCCAUCCAUCAAACCAUCCAAUUUAUUCCAUCCUCUUUUUAGAAACGGCUGGUGCCUGUGUUUUACACAAGGUGGCGCACUAACAUCAGUGUAAGCCUGGUGGCAGUGUGUUCAUGGUGUUCAGCUUCUGGUACAGUUGUUUUACAACAGGAGGACAGGCUUUAUUAGAGUGAACAUGGGCAGGUCAAAGGAACUGAUCCCUGAACAUGUAAUUGUUAGCAGUUACCAGGUUAUUUUGCUGCAGUUUCGCUGUAUGUAAUCCAUACCUUUCAUUCAUAUCCCACUGAAAGAAUUCUGAUGAGCCCUUAUUUUUUCCUUUUAUGGUCACAGAGGGCAUCCUAAAAGUGGGGCCAAAACAUUCAGUAUUUUUUACUCCUUGUGUUUUACAACUUAGAGGUGGCGCGUCAUCGCUGAAAUAUGCAUCAGAAGCGGUGGGGCUGUGGUCUUCAGAAAUAUUUCACCAGUCUGACCAACACCUCUCCACAGGAGGGGCGUGGUUAGGAAGAGGCGGCUGCAAUCCUAUUGGUGGAUGGUCGGCCCGGACGACAGGAGAGAAACUCCAGGAAAACGGACGGAGCUCGCGCACGAUGUAACGGGAAAUGUUACAUUUUUGCGUAAAGAGGAAACUUUGUAUGGACAUGAGGAAUAAUUUGGGAUAACUUUUUAUUUCUAACAGAAAAGCCGGAUUCAUAAGGAAAUCACCACCAUUUUAUUCCAAUAUUUGAAGCUACAGGGUAUUUUUUAAACAGCUUUCGACCUUACUAAAACAUGACUGAAUGACAAUUUGACGAAUGGAAAUGCGAAUUGAGCACACAGCUGUCCACUGAGGAGAGGAGGUGCUCAGAGAAGCCCUCCAAUGCUUACCUUUUGUCGGCACUUCAAAGCAAGUUGUUAAAACUAUUUUUUUUCCGCGAGCUUCAAUUAGAAAAUAAGGUAAAAACAUGGCAGAGCACGAGAGCCUGGAGUUUGGAAAAGCAGAUUUUGUGCUUUUGGACAACGUGUCUCUGGAAGAAUUCAUGACUAACUUAAAACUCAGGUUUGAGAAGGGGCGGAUCUACACCUAUAUCGGGGAGGUGGUGGUGUCCGUCAACCCUUACCGUGCCAUGAACAUCUACGGCCGCGAAGUGGUGGAGCAGUAUAAGGGCCGUGAGCUUUACGAGAGGCCCCCCCACCUGUUCGCCAUCGCUGACGCUGCUUACAAAGCCAUGAAGAGGAGAAACAAAGACACUUGUAUUGUCAUCUCAGGGGAAAGUGGAGCCGGAAAGACAGAGGCCAGCAAGUACAUAAUGCAAUACAUUGCUGCUAUCACCAAUCCCAAUCAGAGGGCUGAAGUAGAAAGGGUGAAAAACAUGCUGCUUAAAUCCAACUGUGUCUUGGAGGCCUUCGGGAACGCCAAGACCAACCGCAACGACAACUCCAGCCGCUUCGGCAAAUACAUGGACAUCAACUUUGACUUUAAGGGAGACCCCAUCGGAGGCCACAUCAACAACUACCUGCUGGAAAAGUCCAGGGUUAUCUUCCAACAGGAAGGAGAGAGGAGUUUUCAUUCAUUCUACCAGUUGCUCAAAGGAGCUCCAGAUUCCUUGUUACGUUCUAUUCACAUCAAGAAGGACGCGACAGCCUACAACUACAUCAAAGUCGGAGGCCAAAUUAAGUCCUCUAUCAAUGAUGGCGCUGAUUUCAAAGCUGUGGCUGAUGCCAUGAAAGUGAUCGGUUUCACAGGGGAUGAGAUUCAGACUGUUUACAAGAUCCUGGCCACCAUCCUACAUCUGGGCAACCUGACAUUCGGAGUGGACGGAGAUGUGACUUUGAUAGAGAACACUAAGUUGGUGGCUGUGUUUAGCAAUCUGCUGUCCACCAAAGAAGAAAAUGUGGAGAAGGCCAUGCUUUACCGCACCGUGUCCACGGGCCGGGACGUCAUCGAAAAGCAGCACACGAUGCAGGAGGCCAGCUACGGACGGGAUGCUUUAGCCAAGGCCAUGUACGAGCGACUGUUCUGCUGGAUUGUGGGACGAAUCAAUGACAUCAUCGAGGUGAAAAAUUAUGACGCCAGAGUCCACGGGAAGAACACCGUCAUCGGGGUGCUGGACAUCUACGGGUUUGAGAUUUUCCAGAACAACAGCUUUGAACAGUUCUGCAUCAAUUACUGUAAUGAAAAGCUGCAGCAACUGUUCAUCCAGCUGGUGCUAAGGCAGGAACAGGAAGAGUAUCAACGAGAAGGCAUCCCAUGGAAACAUAUUGAUUACUUCAAUAAUCAGAUCAUUGUGGAUUUGGUGGAGCUGCAGCAUAAGGGCAUCUUCUCCGUGCUGGACGAAGCCUGCAUGAAUGUGGGCAAAGUCACAGACGAGGUUUUCCUCCAGGGACUCAAUGGCAAGCUGGCCAAACACGCCCACUACACCAGCCGCAAGCUCUCUCCCACCGACAAGACUCUGGAGUUCGAUCGCGACUUCCGUAUCCGGCAUUACGCAGGAGAUGUUGUGUACUCAGUGGUGGGUUUUAUUGACAAGAACAAAGACACUCUGUUCCAGGAUUUCAAGAGGCUGCUGUACAACAGUUCUAACCCAGUACUGAAGGGGAUGUGGCCUGAAGGUAAACUGAGGAUCACUGAGGUCACCAAACGACCACUAACUGCUGCAACACUCUUCAAAAACUCCAUGAUCUUGUUGGUGGAGAAGCUGGCCUGCAAGGAACCCUACUAUGUGCGCUGCAUCAAGCCAAACGAUGUCAAGUCGCCUCUCCUGUUCGAGCAGGAGCGCUGCCGCCACCAGGUGGAAUACCUCGGACUGCUGGAGAACGUCAGAGUGCGGCGUGCCGGCUUCGCCUACAGACAGACCUACCCUCGCUUCCUGCAGAGAUACAAGAUGAUCUCAGAGUUUACAUGGCCAAACCAUGACUUGCCAUCGGACAAAGAUGCCGUGAAGAAGCUCAUGCAGGGGUGUGGAUUCGACCACGACGCGGCCUAUGGAAAAACCAAGGUGUUCAUCCGCACUCCACGCACGCUCUUCAGCCUGGAGGAGCAGCGGGUGGAAAUGGUCCAGAGGAUCGUCCUCUUCCUCCAGAAGGUGUGGAGGGGCACCAUAGCCAGAAUGCGGUACCGGCGAAUGAAAGCGGCCCUCGUCAUCCUGCGGGCGUACCGACGCUACAAGGUGAAGUCGUACAUCCGCGAGGUCAACCGCCGCUUCAAAAAUGUCCGGUCCAUGAAGGACUACGGCAGGCACGUGAAGUGGCCAACGCCCCCCAAAGUCCUGCGCAAGUUUGAAGAGGCCCUCAGGAGCAUCUAUAACAGGUGGUGGGCAUGGACCCUGAUCAAAGGCCUCUCUCCAGAAGAGACCCUGCAGGUGAGGGCUAAGGUAGCCAGUCUGGAGGCCCUGAAGGGACACAGGGCCGACCUGGGGCUGCAGAGAGCCUGGGAAGGAAACUACCUGAAGCGAGACAGCCCUGACUUAGCCUCCUCCUUCACUCUCGUUUCCAGCGAGCUGCAACGGAAAGACAAAUUCAUGAGAGUGUUGUUCUCCUGCAGCGUGCGCAAGAUCAACCGUUUCCACAAGGCUGCGGACCGGGCUGUGCUCAUCACUGACCGCCACCUGUACAAGAUGGACCCCCUGAAGCAGUACAAGCCCAUGAAGAGCAUCCCCCUCUACAACGUGACCGGGGUGAGUGUGUCCCCUGGGAAGGACCAGCUGGUGGUGUUCCACACCAAGGACAGCAGGGACCUGGUGGUGUGCCUGCAGGGCAUGGUGCCUGCCAAUGAGAGCCGCAUCGGGGAGCUGGUUGGCACCCUACUUAGCCACUUCAAGAGUGAGAAGAGGAAGCUGCAGGUGAACAUCACGAGUCCCAUCCAGUGCAGCAUGAGCGGCAGGAAGUGCACGGUCAUCGUGGAGCCCAAGAUCAACCAGUCGCAGCCAGACUUCACCAAGAGCAGAUCGGGUUACAUCCUGGCUGUUCCUGGCAACUAAAAGAAAUGGGCCAAAUGGAAACAGUGACAGCUGGUUUCAAAGCCAGGCCAGGAGGAUGAUUCAGAUUUGAUUCACUUCCUUUGUGUCAGCAUCGUCUGAUUGUGUGACGAGUUAGAUAGCAGCUCUGUAGGAGGGUUGUGGUAAUUAAAUCCUCAUUAUGCAAAGCCAUGCCAAAUUUGACCUGUUUCGUAGACUUCUAUGAACAGGAAGUGUACUUCACGCCUAAAGAUAAACAGGUUCUAUAAAAUGCACUACAGGAUAAUCCACCAAAGUGAUGUUCUUUCUUUUUGAGAAUCCAAAUUUCAUAUGAUUUGCUUUGUGCAAUAUUUACUUUAUCUUACAUGAAAUAUUGUAGUAGUUAAGGUGAGUGGUUAUGUGUCUAUAAACCGCUGCAAAUUAGGGGGAAAAAUAGAAAAAGGCUCUACAGGAAUUAUACUUGGUGCAGCUUCCUGGGUAGUAAAAACUUAAAGCAGGAAGUAGGAUGAUAUUUAUGUAUGACUGAUUUUUCAGGAACUCGAUUGAUUAUAUGCUCUCAAGCUGAAGAUACACUUUUCGUGGUAUGUAUUCUAGGGAAUAUUAAUAUUAAUGAAGACUUACCUACCUGGUAAAUGAAAGGAAAUUCAGCUUCCACUUUGAGUUCUUGAAAUGUGUACAAUCACGUGAGAACAGCCACAUGUGAUUCCAUGGUUCAGUGUCUGAGGCCCCAGCUCUAGACUCAUCGUAGAUGUUGAGCAGGAUGUGUUGAGCAUAUCCUGACCAACCUGCUACAUGCAAAGUGAUAAAAAUCUAUUAAUUUAAAUCCUGCUUUGUAUACUCUCUAGUGCAAUAUGUACUUGUAUAAUCCUCUAAUACUGCUUAUAUAUGAAAGAUAGAAUAUACUUUUUGUGACGGCACUUAAAGUGCAUUAAUAGAUCAUAGAAGAUAACCAAAGCAUUAUAUUGUCCAAAGUAUAUUAGACUAGACUUUAGUUCAGUAGCAGAGUGUUGCUGGCCAGUACUGUAUAAUCCCACGUGAACUCCAGCCCCUGAAAGUAGUCUCAUUCUCUGUCUUUGUGAUGGGUGAAUAGCCUAAUGAACUGUAAUGUUCCUUAAUCCUUUGGAAUAGACAAAUAUCCCUCUCAUCGGAGAGAAAGAGUGUGUGUGUACGGCUGUGGGAGUGUGUGUGUGAUCAUUAGCUCCUUUUAGCUCUCCUCUUCUUGGCUCUGAGGCUGAGCGAGUGUCCACAGUGAAGGAGUGGAGUCUGGAGUCAGACUGCUGGCCUAGUUUCCCUGCCUGUCGAGUAAUGGGUGAGACUUUUUGGAGAAGUUGGCUGCGGUUGAAGUUUAGUUAGGAAGUUUCCUAACUAAAUAAUCUAAGUGUAACCAGGAUAAGAGCUGAUGGAAUCCUCUUAUUGCUAAGGAACGAUGCUUUAUUGUUUUGUUUUUGUAUUACUCCAGUAUAACACAGACUAGUCCGUCCCUUAUCAUGUAUGAUUUCAUAUUGAUUAUUUCCUCUCUGCACAGAAAAUCCACAUUGCCAAAUUUAGAAGGAAUGGAUUAGUUAGUUAAUUUUCAAUUUCUACAGGAAGCUGCUUUGUUUUCAGGUCCUUAUGAUGACUUGACAGUAAAUAGUUGGGAUGAGAACGCAGAGAUGUAUCAUGUCCACAGAGACAAAGAGAAGAGGGACAGGGUUCUGAAUCUCCCUCUGUGUCAGGCCUAACUGGCGAGGCAGAGGCUCUCUUGUCGUCUUUACUUCAACAGAGAGGGAAAACUUGUUAGCAAUCACUUGUAAGACAUGGUAGCACGGUGUGCUUAAUUAGAUUGCAAGUGCCCGUGUGUUUUGAAAAAGUAAAUCUCCUUCCUCUGUGCCGCGCAGCUCUGUGGUGGCUGACCUUGUCCCGACACUUUGAUGCAGAAGAGGAUUGUUUGGGGGAAACUGGUGCAUUCAUUGUGUGGAUUAAGGAAGUGACAUUGGUAGCAUUAAUGGAUGGUUUUCUUCGGCGCGAAUGCCGUGGGUGUGUGUCGGUGUGUGUGUGUGUGUGUGUGUGUGUGUGUGUGUGUGUGUGUGUGUGUGUGUGUACUCUAAGACUGCAGCUCUCCAUCCCCUUCAGCACAGUAAUGUCCCAAAGGGCUUCUCCUCUCCUCCUCUAUUCACCGCUCAUCAUUAGGAUGGACUCCGUGCCACUUCUCACUUCAGCGAUUCUCUUUCCUUUUCUUUAGGCAAUAAUGGGGGGUGGGUGAACAAAGCCUUGCUUGGCACCCUCUUCUUCUACACUUCCUUUCUUUUCCUCUCCCUCCCUUCCUCCCUCCCUGCCACACUCUUCUUCCUCUGUCAGAUCACUUCUCCUCUCGCCCAGUAGGGCUGACUAUACUGUGUUUUUAUUAUUUCUUUCCUUCCUAUGCCCAGGAGGCGUGGAGAUAAAGAGGCAAAAUACACCAGCAACAACACUUUGCAAACAAUAGGAGUAUUAUGCAGCAAUGAAUACAAAAAAAAAUGAGUAUAAAACAAAUGAAAUGUAAAUGCUGGGGUUCCAAUACCUGUUAAAGGAUUAAGAUAGUCAUUUUAUAUUUUUGUUAGAUAUCAAAUCCCAUGAAAAACCAACAUGGUAGUCGGUCUCUUAUUACAUUGUGAGUCUUAAAUCUUCAAAAAAGUCUCACAAUGUAUUUUUCCACAAGUUGGAGCUGUUCUUAUAGUAAAUUAGUUACUAUUUGUUGGGGACUAUUUUCAGCAGCGGAUGAAUCCACAUGUUGUGUUAAUGAAGGAAAGUGUCAGCCAGGGAAACAGUCUGGCUUAAUGAUACGUUUGAUUUUUUAAUGAUUUGUUUUUGGUGAUGAGUUCCAAUCAGUGGAGAUUACUUUUUCUAUUCAUUAUCAGCUUUGACGCAGGUGUAAAAAUCACUUUUCCUAAUAACGCUUUAUAAUGGGCAUAAACAAAUGUCAAAUAUGAAUGUUGACACGAGGAGAUUGUGCCAUGUGUUUGUCUCUUUAAUGUUUUCCUCUUGCUUAUACAACACUAAUACCAAGCCCAUCCAUGUUAGCCAAAGGGUAACGCAUUCCAAUUUAUUUCCCUUAAUUUAUUCCAUACUCUGAAUACGUCAUUCCGUAUGUGCCUAAUUUUAUAUUAAGUUUGUAUUUUGCUUAUUUGUGAUUACAUAGCGUAAAUAUUCUGUCAUAUCCAGACCUAAAGGGACCUUCCCUGUUGUAAUAUUCUUUUGCAAAUGAAUUCCGUAUAAAUGCAGAUUCCAUGAUGUUGAUGAUGACAUUAAAAAUCUUUCAUUAAUCAAUUUAUUAAUAAAUGUAUUUGCAUCAAUA